GGUUAUCAUUGGUCGGUCAUCGUCGAUAACAUAAGGUUAGGGCACGAAAGCGAAAGAGUGAAAUUGAAACAGAUCGGAAUCGUCGAGAGAGACAAGAGAAGAUGUCGUAUCUUCUACCACACUUGCACUCCGGUUGGGCUGUCGAUCAGGCGAUUCUGGCUGAGGAAGAGCGUCUCGUCGUCAUACGAUUUGGCCAUGAUUGGGAUGAGACUUGUAUGCAGAUGGAUGAGGUACUGGCAUCUGUUGCUGAGACGAUCAAGAACUUUGCAGUGAUAUAUCUGGUGGACAUAACAGAGGUUCCUGACUUCAACACCAUGUACGAGCUGUACGAUCCAUCAACGGUCAUGUUCUUCUUUAGGAACAAGCACAUUAUGAUCGAUCUCGGAACUGGCAACAACAACAAGAUCAACUGGGCUCUCAAGGAUAAGCAAGAGUUCAUUGAUAUCAUUGAAACCGUCUACCGUGGUGCAAGGAAGGGUCGUGGGUUGGUGAUUGCUCCAAAAGAUUACUCCACUAAAUACCGCUACUAAACUGAGCUUCCCAACACAAUCCUCCGGAUUGUUCAAAACCAUUGCUCAAAACUCUAAUGUCGAGUGAUUCUGGUCAAUUGAAAUAUCCCUUGAACUUGUUGCAUAUAUGCUUUGAUGAAUUGUGAUUUGCGUACUCUUUCAGGGCUGUGUUGCCAUUUAUGUAUGCAAGUGCUUCGAACAUGAUUCAGUGAUAUGAAACUUAGAAGCUGAUAUUUGGGUUUUAUAUGUAUUGACAGGUUGUAGUUA